UCAUUUAGUUGAGAAGUGAAGGAGUUUAAAUGACUACUCAUAGAAAGUAGGAGGGCUUUCAAUCCCAUCUCCUCAAUUAAAAUUUACACAUCUGGAAUUUCCCGUCUCGCUCUAACCUACGAUUUCUUGGUUAAUCGCCGUGUUUCGAGCUUUCAGGAAUUGGUCUUGAAAGCCAUGGAUGAUGCAUUCACAAUUCAAAUAAGCAGCGACUUAGUUAAGCAGCUAGCUAACGACACCGACAAAGCGAAGAAGAAAACAAGAAAACCAAAACCAAAAACACCAAAACCGUCCCAACAAAACAAAAUUAAACCCGCCAUCCAUGACGACUCCCCAUCCCUAAAAGGCGUCCCCUCUGCCGCCGGAUGGCCGCCAAUGUACUUCCCAACUCCACCACCUGCUAACGCCGAGGUGGACGCCAUCCGCUCCGUCCUUCAAGACAGUGAAAAAGUUUUCGAAAAACUAGAAAAGAAAGAAGAUGAAAUGGUGGUUGAAGUAACACAAAAGGCGAAAGAACUUCAUGAUAAAGAGUUUAAGCUUCCACAACCGAAGCCUAUGCCUUGCUCGACUGAUUUGACCGCGUGUUUGGAAUGCUACAAAGAAAACACGAAAGACCCGCUAAAAUGCAGUACACUGGUCAAGAAUUUUGCUGAUUGUGCGCGCACCAUAAGGCAGCAAGUCAGUUCGUCAAGUCAAUAAAAUGUUUUGAUACGCAUGAUGAUUUUGCUAGUUCAAACUAGACGAUCCGGAAUAACUAAAAAUUGUUGAAAAUGAUACGAGAUGAAUCAUUGGAACACGAUUUGUGUUUUGUAUGCAAGUUUUAUGGGUUUUGUACUCUCUUAUCAUACCAGGCAUAAACCGUUGAUUGUGAACUUCAUCAACUUCUUUUCUUUGUUCUUAUGGAUGUUAAAAACUUAAGAACUAAGAAUUUUUUUUAUUUACUUAAAGACCCUCAUGGGGAUGUUAGCACUUA